AUGAAGCUGAAGCAGCGAGUCGUGUUGUUAGCAAUUCUCCUUGUCAUCUUUAUCUUCACCAAAGUUUUCCUGAUUGACAACUUAGAUUCAUCGGCUGCCAACCGAGAGGACCAGAGGGCUUUUCACCGAAUGAUAGCUGGCUUGCGGGUGGAGCUGGCAUCUAAGCUGGACCACACCUUGCAGUCUCCCUGGGAGAUUGCAGCCCAGUGGGUGGUGCCCCGGGAAGUGUAUCCUGAUGAGACACCAGAGCUGGGGGCAAUCAUGCAUGCCAUGGCCACCAAAAAAAUCAUUAAAGCUGAUGUGGGUUACAAAGGGACACAACUGAAAGCCUUACUGAUACUUGAAGGAGGACAGAAAGUUGUCUUCAAACCUAAGCGGUAUAACCGAGACUACGUGGUAGAAGGUGAACCCUACGCUGGUUAUGACAGACACAAUGCAGAGGUGGCAGCCUUUCACUUGGACAGGAUUCUGGGUUUUCGCCGAGCCCCGUUGGUGGUUGGCAGAUUUGUUAAUCUUCGGACAGAGAUCAAGCCUGUGGCCACAGAGCAGCUCUUGAGCACCUUCCUAACUGUAGGAAAUAAUACUUGUUUCUAUGGGAAGUGUUAUUACUGCCGAGAAACAGAGCCAGCUUGUGCCGACGGAGACACGAUGGAGGGAUCUGUCACCCUCUGGCUUCCAGAUGUGUGGCCUCUGCAGAAACACCGACAUCCCUGGGGCAGGACUUACCGAGAGGGCAAACUGGCCAGGUGGGAGUACGAUGAGAGCUACUGUGACGCAGUGAAGAAGACAUCCCCUUAUGACUCCGGCCCUCGUCUCUUGGAUAUCAUUGACACGGCUGUCUUUGAUUACCUGAUCGGCAAUGCCGACCGCCAUCACUAUGAGAGUUUUCAAGAUGAUGAGGGGGCCAGUAUGCUCAUCCUUCUCGAUAAUGCCAAAAGCUUCGGGAACCCCUCGCUGGAUGAGAGAAGCAUUCUUGCCCCUCUCUAUCAGUGUUGCAUCAUUCGGGUUUCUACCUGGAACAGACUGAAUUACCUAAAGAAUGGUGUGCUGAAGUCUGCCUUAAAAUCUGCCAUGGCUCAUGACCCCAUCUCCCCAGUGCUGUCCGACCCGCACCUGGACGCUGUGGACCAGCGGCUGCUGAGUGUCCUGGCCACUGUGAAGCAGUGCACGGACCAGUUCGGGAUGGACACUGUGCUGGUGGAAGACAGGAUGCCUCUCUCCCACUUGUAA